AUGCCAGAGCCAGAAAUGCCGAGUGAAAUUUCCGCCUGCAAGGACCUUCUUCUGAAGCUGAAAAAGAGUCCGCAUGCAGGCCCAUUUCUCUAUCCUGUUGACCCGCAUAGGCUCAACAUUCCCGAUUACUACGACAAAAUAAAGCACCCAAUGGACCUUUCCACACUCUCAAAGAAGAUAGAAACAGGCGCGUAUAAGACCCCAGAAGAGUUCAAAGCAGAUGUAAACUUGAUGCUUUCCAACUGCUAUACGUACAAUCAGCCGGAUACUGCCGUAUACAAAAUGGGGCUUUCCCUUGAGAAGUUGUACAAGCAGCUGCUCGCUAAGGGCGCUCUGGAGGGGAAAACUCAGCCCGAAAACUCCCCGAAACUCCCGGAGGGCGAGAAAAAGAAGCAAAAAAUGGGCCCGAGUGCGUCUGGAAUGGCCAUGGAGGAGAGGGAAAAGUGCCUGGAUGCCUUGGGGGAGAUAUCCAAGAGCAAGCACAGGCGGAUAAAUUGGCCGUUUUUGGAGCCCGUGGAUGAGAGCCUCGUUCCGAACUACUACGCCCUUAUAAAGCACCCGAUGGACAUUUCCACGAUGAAGAAAAAGCUUGUUUCCGGAAAAUAUCAGGGCACUGAUGAAUUCGUCCGAGACUUCGACAUAAUGAUCAGCAACUGCCACACAUUCAACACGGAGGGAACGGAAGUAUACGUUUGCGCCACGAAGUUAGACGCUUUAUUCAAGCAGAUAUUCAUGGAUAAGAAGAAGAAAAAGGCCGGAGAUGAUGCAGCACGGAUUUCUGCGCUGAAGAGCCUUAUUGCGCAGUACGAGGGGGAGCUUAGGCGGCUUGAAAGGAGGCCUGCACCCCCGGAGUUCGGGUAUGAGGAGAAAGUCAAGCUCAAGAAGCGCGUGGAGGCACUUCCCCACAACAGAAUGAAAAGCGUAGUGGCUUUUAUCCAGCAAAAUGUCCCAUAUACGCUCGUGGAUCAGGACGAGAUCGAAGUGAACUUGGACGAACUCGAUCAGAGUGCUCUUGCCCGGCUCAGUGAUGUCAUUCAGGAGACGUGCGUCCAGGAGCAGCACCUGGAUAGCGACUCCAGCAGCGAGUGA